UUCGAGAUGGAACCAGUGGCUGAGAGCUCCACAGAGAUACAGGAGGACUCUGUGGGAAAAGGGGAGGAGGACGAAGAUGAGGAGGAGGAAGAGGAUCACUCUGGUUCCAGCUUCGGCCCAGCCGAGGCGCUGGAGGAGUGGGCGGCCCAGGCGGAGGCCGAGAGCCGGCGCCGCCGCCCGCCCCGGCGCCGCCCCCCCUGCCGGAAGAGCUACAUCUGCAGCGAGUGCGGCCGCAGCUUCGACAAGUAUUCCAAUUUCAAGCAGCACCUGCGAGUGCACUCGGGGGAGAAGCCCUUCUCCUGCCGGGUCUGCGGCAAGGACUUCAACCUGCUGUCCAACCUGCGGCGCCACGAGAGGACCCACACCGGGGAGCGGCCCUUCUCCUGCCGGGUCUGCGCCAAGGCCUUCAGCGAGCUGUCGAGCCUGCGGCGCCACGAGAGGACCCACACCGGGGAGCGGCCCUUCCCCUGCCCCUUCUGCGGCAAGGCCUUUAGCCAGUCGUCCAUCCUGGUGAUCCACCAGCGCACCCACACGGGCGAGCGGCCCUUCCGCUGCCCCGACUGCCAGAAGGGCUUCAGUGAGCCUUCCAGCCUCCGCAGCCACCAGCGCACCCACACCGGCGAGCGCCCCUUCCGCUGCCCGCAGUGCCCCAAGGCCUUCCGCCACUCCUCCAGCCUGCUGCAGCACCAGCGGGCCCACGCCGGCGAGCGCCCCUUCCGCUGCCCGCUCUGCGGCAAAGGGUUCACCAAGUCGUCCACCCUGGCCCAGCACCGCAGCACCCACAGCCGGGAGAGGCCCCACAAGUGCCCGGUCUGCCAGCGCGGCUUCUCUCGGGCCUCCGUCCUGGGGAGGCACCAGAGGGUCCACGCCUGGGAGGGGCCGCGCGUCUGCGCCGACUGCGGGGCCAGCUUCGGCACCUCGGCCGGGCUCCACGGGCACCAGUGCCCUCCCGGGGGCGGGGGUGCCCAGGCGCCCGGGGAGGGCUGACGCGCGGCCUCCCUCCCCCACUCCUCCACCGCCAACCUUGUCCUCUUCCGCCGCGCGGGGUCCCACGGACGUUUCGCCCAACUUCCCUAGGGGUGGGGGGUGUUGGGGGGAACU